UGCCGUCCGUGGGUUUUCCUGAACAGAAACAAAAGCUGGAGUUUUUGGUUCCGCUUAAUGGACGAUGUCUUGUUACGGACAGAAGGCCACAGACGAGUUCCUCAGAGAGUUUUUACGCACACGGUCGUCUGCCAAGACUAGGAUGAUGAAGAACUGGGGUGUGAUUGGAGGCAUUGCAGCUGCUAUGGCAGUGGGUGUGUACGUGCUGUGGGGUCCGAGUACAGACAGGAAGAAGAGGAGGAGAGGCAUGGUCCCGGGUUUGUUGAACCUGGGAAAUACAUGCUUCCUGAAUGCACUGCUGCAGGGUCUGGCCACAUGUCCUUCUCUAAUCGGCUGGCUCCAGGACUUUACCACCCACAGCCUCUCCCGUCACUCCAGCACAGACACGCAGAUAGAUGUGCAGAAGGGUACAUCACUAGAUACACGGAUUUCCAAAACACUCUUGCAGCUUCUUACAGCUCUGUCCAGUCCUAAUCUCGCAGAGGACGAUGUUUUGGAUGCAGGAUGUCUGUUAGAAGCUCUUCGUCUGUACAGAUGGCACAUCACCUCCUUCGAAGAACAGGAUGCUCACGAGCUUUUCCACGUCCUCACGUCGUCUCUUGCGGAGGAGCGCGAGCGACAGCCCAGAGUCACUCACCUGUUUGACAUGGAGACACUGGAGAAAUCAGCAGAAACAUGCAAAAACCCUGUUAGCUGUUGGAGUCGAGGGCCUCUGCAUCCAAUUCCCAACCGGUGGAGGACACAGCACCCAUUCCACGGACGCCUGACCAGCUACAUGGCAUGCAAGCGCUGCGAGCGACAGAGUCCGGUGCGUUACGAUUCAUUCGACAGCCUCUCACUGUCCAUUCCUGCCGUUCAGUGGGGUCGGCUGGUUACCCUGGAUCACUGUCUUCAGCAUUUCAUCUCCUCAGAGACAAUUAAAGAGGUGGAGUGUGAGAACUGCACGAAGAAACAAGCGGAGUCUGAGGACAGUCAGGUCCUGAAGAGCCAGAGGACGACCUUCGUAAAGCAGCUUAAGCUUGGGAAACUCCCCCAGUGUUUGUGUAUUCACCUGCAAAGACUCACCUGGUCUCCAGAGGGUGCGCCCAUUAAGCGACAAGAACACGUUCAGUUCUCAGAGUACCUUAGCAUGGACCGCUAUAAGCACAUCAGCGCUGCACAAACACUACAGGUGCACAGCAUGGCCAAAACCCCCACAACAGAGCAACCAAACAAUCAAACCGUUGCCAAUGGAGUCGACCAAGAGCACCACAACAACAACAAUCCUCUAUCAAACGGCAGCAUCUCCUCUGUGUUUCUUCGUCCUGCAUCGCUUAACUUCGCACACGACUUCAGCUCUUCAGAGUACCUGUACCGGCUGACGGCAGUGCUUGUGCAUCAUGGCGAUACACACUCCGGUCACUUCGUCACGUACCGGCGCAGUCUGGCAUCGUUCAGCAGUCCACAGUGGCUGUGGGUUUCAGACGAGUCAGUGCGCAAGGCCAGCCUGCAGGAAGUCCUCUCCUCCAGCGCGUACCUGCUGUUCUAUGAGCGAGUGCACAAGUGAACCAGGACAUCAGAUCUGGGCUGCAGGUCUACAGAGAACAGUGUUAAUAUUAGAGCAAGCGUGUAGCUGAUCCAUACAACAGAGCUCUACCUGAAACACAGAGUGUGUGGGCUGGAUGAAGCAGAGUUUACAAAACACUCCGGGUUCUAACAGAGCACACGGUGAGGUCAUGAUGAUCUUCACACUCCUGUUUAUUGAGUACAAAAAUAAGGUUCUUCAGAUAUUUGAGGGUUGCUCUAGGUGAAGCAGUCAGUACACCUGCUUAGUCAUGCAGUUAUCCAAACAGCCAAUAGCACAGAUACACUUCAAGAGUUUGACGUGUAAGUGUAAUAAUUAUGGUUGUAGAGAGUGAUUAUUAUUUACCUCAGAAGUCCUGUCAACUCAAAUCAGUUUAAAAAUUGUUAAGAGUGAAAAAUCCAGUUUCUGAAAUGCUCCAACCAGCCCAACAAUGCCAAAGACACAGAGAUCACAUUCUCCCUCUGUUCUAAUGUUGAACAUUAACUGAAGAUCUCAACCUGUAUUUGAAGGAUUAUUUUUGUUGUUGCGUUGCAAUGAUUGGAUUGGAUCUGAACGGGAUUUAAGCUGAAGAAUGCCUCCGAAAAUUAAACCAUUUUCCUUGAAUCUUAAUACUAAAAUAAGAAAAGUACCUCAAAGACCAAUACUGAUCCUGGAGCAUUUAACAGGAUACAGAUUUAUGGCAUUUCCACUGCAUUGUUCUUUGGUUUAAGGUUUCUAGCUUCCUAAAGCAUUUCUACUUGGCCCUUUUGGCUAAAAGGAGAAAGGAAAAAAACUUUUUAGGUGGGGAAAAAAAGCCCACAUUUUUUUAAUGUAUUGUUUGUGUAUGUUGGGUCCCAGGUCAUGGGUUCUGCCUCAUGUGUAAGCCUCGUCUGCCAAUCUGGGUGUGCUGAAGGUGUUGUAUAUCGACACAAAUACAUGCAGGAGAAAUGGUUUUUAAACUUUUCAUUACACUCUUAUUGAAAACACCACGGUACUCCAGGGUUUGGAGGGUUUAAUGUUUGUAUGAUUCUUAAUGGGUUCUGCUUGGAAAUGAUUGUGAAACCACGAUUAUUAGCUGCUAAUGAAUUUGUGUGUUUUUGUUUGUUUGUGUGUACACAACAUCUCAAAUGUCAUUUUUUAUGACCUGUUGUUUAUUUAGCCAGAUCUUAACGAUCUGCAGUUACUCUUUGUUGCUGUGAUUCAUCUGCAGUCAGUUAAUCAUGCCCCAUCAUGUAGCUAAACUCUUGAUGGUCUUCCAGUCCAGAUGCACCUUUGACUAGACAAGAGGAAGUAAUGGUUGCUGAAUUGUAUCUAAUAUUUAAGAUUUUUAGAGCUUUACAAGUGUCGACUAUUUAAAAAAAAAAACACCAAAGGCAUGUUUUCUGUAACUGAUCUGUCCAGUGUUUCGGUUUAUGUAGAAAAGGCUCAAUGCCAAGCUCUCACACGUGUAGUAUUGUUCCAAAAAAUAUAUACUAAUUGUAUGCUAAAGAAUUUGCACGGAAGAUGGUAUUUUGACCAUUUCAUAUUGUAUAAUUGUAAUGGUUAAAGUUUUUUUAAACUGUUUUGCUCAAUUGUAAAAGAUAUUCAAUAAAUUUCAGCAACUGUGAA